UUGUUUGCACCCAGUGAGUUUCGAACUUGAGACCUUGAAAGGGAGCAAACCCCAAGGCUCAAGUCAAUUGCCACCAGGCCAACCCCUGAGGGUUCAUUCAAUUUAUGAUUAUGCCACCUACAGUUUGAGCUAUCUAGAAUUUAAUGUUAUAUACAUUUAGACCUAGAACAUGCUUAAACAUUGAGCUGUGGCUAACACUAAACACCCUUAGAAAAUACCUUCUAGCCAUAAACCUAGUAUAUGAGUAACAAAAAAGGCUAUGUGACUUCUUUCCAUUUGGUUAAGCCUUGGUAGAUAGAAUUAAUCGAUGUAUGUAUUGGUAAGAGGUAGCAGGCUAUGUUGCUCGGACUCUUCGAAAAUGUUGCAGAGUGCGUGCCGGAUCCUCCAAAAAUAGUGCAUUUUUGGAGGAUCUGACAUUGGUACGACACCAUUUUGAAGAGUCCGUGCAACAUAGGUAGCAGGUACCUGGUGAAUUGGUUGAUGGGACAUCCAAGUCUAAGUAUAGAGCAUAUCAAUUGAGGAACUUUCUUGAAAAGUAGGUUUAGAAAUGUAGUUCCAUGACGUAGAUAAGUAUAAAGAGCUCUGUUAUAGGUAGAAGUUAAAGUGCCUAUGGUUGGGGAGUGAUGGAGGAACCACAGAGAGAGUACCAUUAUGCUUAUGGUUCAAACGGGGGUAAGAAUACAAAGUUCUUCAAACAUGCUUCGGAGGUUUAAUUACAUUGACAAGUUGAUUGGACAACAAUGUUUUAAAAUGUGGAGGGGUAAUAAUACAAAGUUUUUCAAACAUCCAAGUCUAGAGCGAUGGGACUGUUGUAUUUGCUAAUACUUUGGUUUCCUGGUCAUUUACUAGUGCAGAUGCAUUCUUCCGAUGUCAAACCUUAUUUUUACACCUUCCAGCCAUGUUUAUGAACUUCCUGACCGUUGGCAUGGGACGAUUGCAUAAGUUGUGAAGUGGCAAGUUGGUUUUCUAGAAUCUGUCACCUUGAGGACUAAUCCUGGCCAGUAAAAGAUGGUUGAAGAUGAUGGUGCCAUAAAAAUAGGCAUAAGCAUGGGAGAAUGAAUCUGUCAGUAGUGGCUGUUUAGGUGUUAUAAAUUGCUUAUCAAAGGUUCCACACUAGGGUAUCACUGCACCUGUGCACCAUAAGGAUGGGAUUUUUUUUUGUUUUGACAGAGAGAAGCCAAAAAAUAAUAAAAAUUAAUAAUAAUCUUUUUGAGAGAAAGGAUGAGAAGCUUGUUUGUUCGCCUUUUUAAUUGUUGGUAAAACUUCCGAUCUAGUUGGAUUUUACCCUUUCAUUCCUUAUUCUUAUUUAUGAAUAUUCCACAAUGUAUCCCUCUGAUAAGCUUCAUGUUCCUUUCUGCUGGGCUGGUUCUUACACAUGCAGUCAGGAACUGCUGUGGUGUCAGUUUCACUCAGUUUCACUUGCUUUCUGUAGUACUUUGGAUUGUUUCUAACAGGAUCUCUGUGCUUGAUUUGUGCAUGGAUUUUUAUUUUCUGUUAAUCGGGCAUGAAGCUAUUGUUGGACUUGCUGUUCUGCUGAUAAACUUUCUCCUGCAUUAUUCCUAAUUUGGUCGGAUACACGUGCGGGUAUCCGAUACGGGUGCAAAUCUAGAGGCCGGAUCCUUCAUGGUCUAAAUUUUACGAUUCGGAGAUACGAAUUCAGGUAUGAAUACCGGUGUGGGAAUUCGUCUAUAUCUAAAAAUAGAUCUAUAAUAAUAUGCCUAAAUUAUGAGAUAUCUUGUGGAAAACUUACAUGUAGCUUGUAGAGUGUAGUAACUCAAUCUUUUAUUAGGUUGCUAUCUAGAAAUCUAUAGUAGCUUUUGUCUUGAGAAAUCGAUGCCAAAUCUUAUUUGAAUGAUGAAGAAUCCAUUUUAGACGUUAUAGAAUCCUUGUAAGAAGAACAAGGAUACGUUUUUGCUUCUUUUGGAAUCUGUAAAUGGUUACUAGUACAACCUUGUGCUGGGCUUUUUAACACAUUAAUGUUACCUUUGUCAAAAAGAAAAAUCAAUGCCAAAUCUUAUUUUUAAUUUCCCUGUAAUUUGUGGUCAAAAUACCCAAUGUUAAUUGACCAAAUCCGGUACGUAUUGCACACCCAUACUAGUGUUGAAGUGGUGUCGACACGGAUGCAGCACAACAAAUGAAGAGUCCACGGAACUUAGUUAUUUUCCCUCUUACAACAACAACAACAUAAACAACAUACCCAGUAUUAUCCCACACCGUGGGGUCUGGGAAGGGUAGUGUGUACGCAGACCUUACCGCUACCUUGUGAGGAUAGAGAGGUUGUUUCCAAUAGAGCCUCGGCUCCGGAUAGUUUCCCUCUCUUAUUGUGCUUAAAUAUUUACUCAUCAGUGCGCAGACUCUGUUCUCUUUUAAAUUCUGAUGUAGAUACUGAAGCAUUAUGCAAUCAAGAAUGGCUGAACUCGAAGAGAAAUAGGUAGACAUAAAAACAGUCUCAGGACUAGUGCAACAGCAGUCUCUAAGGUGUAGUGCUCAUGGCUACUCAUCGCUAAGGCUGUUUUUUGGUACUAAAACUUUGGCGGAUACCUGUUAACUUAGUUAGAGGUUAUUAGAGUGUUUCAAACUGCUCCUGCAUUCAUGUCCUGCUAUUCUCUUUAGUGGUGAUGGAUCGACAAGCUCAUGAUUAUGCUGCUAUGGCUUUUUCUCAGCAGCAGCACCAAGCAGCUAGCAUGCAACAGCAACAACAGUUUGGUUUUCAUCCCCAGCAUCAACAAUUUCCUCGUUCAGUUCAUGGUCCUCCAUUUCUGCCUCCACAUUCUUCUCUUCAACAGUUCCCUUACCCUCGCCCCAUUCAGCAACCACAACUCCAUCCACAUACACUGCCUCCUCAACUUCAGCAUCAACAGCAGCCACCUCCUGCGUUUCCUCUACAUAUGCCUCCUCAUCAUGCACCAUCACCUUUCCACAAUCCCUAUGAUUCUCCACCGCCUCCAGCUCCUCCACCAUCUGAUCCUGAACUCCAAAAGCGUAUUGAUAAAUUAAUAGAGUAUGCUGUCAAAAAUGGUCCCGAGUUUGAAGCAAUGAUCCGCGAAAAACAGCAAGAUAAUCCAGCUUACAGUUUCCUCUUUGGUGGUGAAGGCCAUUACUACUACCGCUAUAAGCUUUGGAUGUCUACUCGCCCACCUGGUGGACCUUUUAAUGCUCCUUUUCCAUCCUCUUCUUUGCCCAUGAUGCAUCCACCAAAUCCUAUGAUCAGUCCAUCACCUUUAAGUCCCACAUAUAGUGGCUCCAAUACCGCUGCUGGGGCUUCUGCUGCAGUGUUGGGUCCACCUCAUUUACAUCAACCUCCUUUCCCACCAUUCUUUGCACAGCAGUCCUCUCAGGCUUUCGGCUGCCCAGAUUAUGAUAAUUCAUAUAGGUCUUUCAAAGGUUUAUCAAGGCCUCUUCCAUCAGAUGUUGAAAUGGAAUUGAAUAAUGUACUAAACACUCUUAGUGGUACCAAAGAGUCAAUUAAAGGUGCAAAGAGUUGGUUCAUGCAGAGGUCUCCAUUUAUACCUGCUUUGGCUGAGGCAAUCAGAGAUAGGGUAUUUUCUGUAGAUGACCCUGAGAGACAGCUGCAUAUAGUCUAUCUUGCCAAUGACAUCCUAUUCGAGAGCUUGCAACGGCGAAUCAAUCCGCAUGAGCUUGACAAUGAGGCACUUGUUUUUAAGCCUGUUUUGGGUCCCAUGCUUGCGAGGAUAUAUCACAAUCCUCAAAACAAGGAAGAAAAUCAGUCUCGGCUACAGAAAAUUUUACAGUUUUGGGGCUCCAAGGAAGUCUAUGAUCAGGAUACAAUUCGUGCACUUGAAAAUGAGAUGAUGAGUAGGCUGCCUGCAAAUUUUACUGGUCCUCAAAGGGAACUACUGGCGACAGAUCCUCCUUCUGCUGCAGGAUUGUCACACCAGGUAGCUAACCAGAGUGCUUUACAGUGGAAGCCUGACGAGCAGGUGCCUCCUAUUCCUAAUUUAGCCAAUCAAGAUAAAGCAGUUCCUCCAAUGCCAUCUGUGGCACCACAUCAAUUUCAUCCUGGUGUAGUUCCACCCACUAGGUUUCCUGGGUUGAUGCCUGUGCCGUCCUCUGUUCCACAAGGAAAUCUACAAGCUGCAGCUCAUCCCAUGCCAGCAUCAACUGCAAAUGUAGGCGGAAAGUUGCCUCCGUACCCAUUGUUUCCUCCUGGUCUUAUUCCUAGUAUGGUCAGGAAGAUGCAGAUUGGUAGUGGGGUGCCUUACUCUCCCAUGAGCCCUUUGGAUAUCCCCACCAUUAUACCACCCUCCACCGUGUCAGAGUCUGAGAUUCUGGAAAGAGUGUCCAAAUUUUUUAGGGAGAUUGGAGAAGUUAAUCCAUCAGAAGGUCCUGUUAAACCAUCUGAUUCAGCCAAUAAUUAUGACGACUAUGAGAGAGAGCCUCCUGUUCGUAAGGGAGGAGCGUGCAUCCCUCCACCUCAGAAUCUCCAAGUUGACCCUGAAACUGGGACUUACCCUGAUGGAAGUGUGGAGCAAAAACCUGGAUUGAAUAAUUCCGUCCGGUUAGGACUUGGAGCCACUAUUAAUCCAAAUGAGUCAAGUCAAUACGGUGAUGUUUACUAUUCCUACAGAAAUGAAAGAAGCACCAACUACCAUUCGUCGAUGAGUGCAAGAGCUACGAGGACUCAACAGUUCUUGUCUCUGUAAUUUUUAAGUUGAGGCAGAUUUUGAAAGACAGAUUUGCUAACGUGCAAUAGAAUGAAUUAGAUCUUGCCAUGUUCUUCCAAUGAAUAAAUAACUAAUUAGCUGUAAUGGUUGGAGAAAACCAACGUAAAAGUUGAACAGAUGAUCUUUGAGA